AUGGGGGCGCUCCCUAUAGCAGAGGCGCAGCUGGUCGCGCUCUUCAUGCAAAGUGUAGCCUACGGCGUCCACUUGGUGACGUUCGCUAUCUGCAUAUACACCUGGUUCCGUCGUUCGAGCAACUCCCGGACAUCGGCGUCCACGAUUUGGUUGUGUGUCGCCAUCGCCUUCUUCGUCAUCGGCACUUGCGACGUCUCCUUCAACUUGUACCACAAUCUCAUGGCGUUCGUCCUCCCUGCUACAGCGUCCUCUGGCGCGAAGACUGUUUUUGACGAUGCGGGCAAUUGGGUAAACGUGAUGCGCAGUGUUUGGUUCUAUAUGAAUGCUGCCCUCUCCGACGCAGCCUUGAUUUACCGGUGCUGGAUGGUGUAUGCCAAUUCACGCCAUCGGGCGAUAGUCGGAAUAGUACCUCUAGUACUCUGGCUCGCAUGCAUAGCCUUUGCCGUCACGAUUUUGUACUACCUGAGCACUGUGGGUGCGGAUACCACUAUACCCAUGAUCCCGCAACUGCAACCCUUCCUAUACUCGUUCUAUGUGACGACACUUGUGUUGAAUCUCCUCACGACCGGUCUAAUCAUCGUCAGACUGUGGAAGAUUCAUAGGCGGACUUCAGCAGACUUCGCACAGACCUGGCGCGUUCGAAGUCCGAGUCGACUCAGCUUCGCGGAUAUCAUCUUGAUUAUGGUCGAAUCCGCGCUCCUGUACACCACGACCGUCGUGUUCUGCGUCGUCUUGGAUCUUGCCAGGACAAAUGUGUACUACGGGAUCACCGAUAUCAGCCUCGAAGUCGCCGGUAUCUCCUUCGACAUGAUCAUCAUCCGUAUCUGGACCGGGGUGUCGACGGAGCAGACGCAGGCAUUCGCGGCAACCCUCCCCACCCCGUCAAAAUUGACAAUGGAACGGAUGGAACAGGCAGCCUCUGUUCACUCAGGCUCGACGGAUCUGCGCGUGAUCGAUCUUGCGGUUUCUCGUGUCGAAGUGGUCAAGUGGCAAGGAUCUGACGAGAACCCUGUCUGA